AUGCGAAGCAAGGCAGUCAACAUUUCCAAGGCGAGGGGAACUCCCUUCUUGCCACCAUCUCAGCGAAAGCAGAUUUACCUACCAGAAUUCGUCAUCGCUCUUGUCCGAACUCCCCACCUCUCUGCCAACUAUGCUCAAUUCCGCGUCCCUCUCAACUUCAACAAGCUUGACAUGCGCGACUACCUACAAAAUCUAUAUGGAGUCAGUGUCAUCGAGGUCCGCAGCUUCAUACAGCAGCAACCCAUUACCCGUAUGACCCGUGACGGCCGGAAUCUCGGUCCGUGGCGACGACCGCAGUCACAGAAGCGAAUGACUGUGCAAUUGAAGGAACCCUUCGUGUGGCCAGAGGAGCCGAAGGAUACAUCCAAAUGGGAGAAGGAUUCUUGGGAUGCAACUGAGAAGAUUCAGUCGCAAAUUAUGAAAAAGAACACUCCCAAGGGCCACUCGGCUGAAGAGCCCGACCACAAGGUGCGCAAAGCUUUCGAAGAGCAGGCUAAAAAGUUACGGGAAAAUAAGGAGACAUGGAAGCCGACCUGGAAAACACUGGGCCUGGAUUUUGCGCAUAAAGAAUUUGCGGCGAACGUCGGCUCUAACAGACCCAAGUGGGCGAAGUCUUGA